AUGCUAAAUGGAUCGCAAUGUCUUGCAGACCAGUUUCAUUGAUAGAAGACAGGGGGUUAGCAGAGGUUUUGCAAAUAGCCUCUUCAGACAUGACAUAUAACCCGCCAUCACGAAACACAAUUAUGUCAAAAAUCCAGCAGCUGUACGACACUGAAAAAAAAAACAAAAGGAGAUGUACUGGUGGGAGCAGAACAUAUCGCGCUGACAGGGGAUCACUGGACUUCAGUUAGCAAUCACAAUUACCUUGGUGUUACGGCACACAUCAUUGACUGUGAGUGGAACCUCCAGUCAUUUGCGUUAGCAAUGCUAAAAACGGAGACCAGGCAUUACGCCGAUGCCUGCGCCCAGCAGUUUUUGUCCGUGGCGCAGGCAUGGGGAGUUCAACAAAAGAUCACCACAGUCGGCACAGACAGCGCCCGAAACAUGAUCGCUGCGGCGAGAAAGCUUCCAUAUGAGCAUAUGCCUUGUGUUGCUCAUAUGUUACAGAGAAGCAUCACUGUUUGCCUCACAGACAGUGGGUUUUGUGACACAUUGGCAAAGUGUCGUAAGAUAGUGGGACAUUUUAAACAUAGCCCUGCCAAUACAGAGGAGCUCCACCAGCAGCAAAAUCAACUUGGGCAAGUGACCGAAAGUCUGAUUCAGGACGUUACCACAAGAUGGAACAUCACUCGCCAUGAUCUCUCGUCUCCUCGAGAACCAGGAGGCUAUCAAGGCUACACUGAGCAGACAGAAGCACAAGCUGACUAUGCUGACUACAUCUGAGUGGGACAAACUUCAGAGGCUGAAAACCAUCCUUGAACCAUGCAGAUAUGUGACUGAGCUCCUUGGAGGUGAGACUUAUGUUUCCUGCUCUGUGGUGUUGCCUGCUCUCUGCCACCUGUACCACACAAUGGAAGUUUCGGACGAGGACCCAGCCUAUAUUGGAAAAUUCAAGACUGCCUUUAAAAAGGACCUGUCUGAACGGCAAGCAAACCUCAACAAUGGAUGGCUCAACAUAGCUUCAGCAUUAGACCCCCGCUUCAAGGACUUGAAGUGUCUUAAAAAAGGAGAUAUAGAAGCAGUGUGGACCAGCCUUCAGUUACUGCUACAAAAUAAACCCAGUACGGCUACCCCAGGAACCUGUAGAAGAGCCACCGAAAAAGAGAAGCCUCCUUCUCUUUGCUUCAGACACAGACUCAGAUGAUGACAUGGUGGAACCAAGCAGGGCUCUGAACCAC